CAAUGUUUUUGUUAGAUUUGUGAGUUUCUAUUCCACUUGCGAGGCCAUUUCCCGGACAUUAGGCUGGUUUUGCAGUCUGGACGCGGGGUACGAACGACGAAGAACCAAGAUGGUUUUAAUUUUGUACGUAUUCCUGAUUGGUCUUCAAUCAUGUCUGACUGUCACAACCUGGGAUCAAUACGAUUUCGUGAGGAGAAGAGUUCGCCCUUUACGGAAAAAUGUCGUCAGUAAACAGAAUGAGACAGCACAAUCAGCCGAUGGACACCGCGCCCCGAAGCUCCCAGAACAAUACGAGGCGGACUGGCUUCUUUACGUCCAUCCAUUAGACAAUCCAUCACCCUGGUACUCCCUUCCUCCACCACCGUACGAGGUCGGGCGGGGCAGAACAUACUAUGACAACACCAUACCCGCAAUAUCGGAACAUUACGAUGACUUCUGUAUCCCCAUAUUUGCCGGAUUAGGCUAUCAUUGGCCGUGCAUCCUCCUCCAUGUCAAGGAGACAAGCUAUCUCAUCUCUAAUGAUAAAAAUGCGCCCUAUGGAGAAUGUUGUAUUUGGAGACGGCCCUGGAAGGUACCAUCACCUGAUUUCGUCGAAGUGAUGCAAUAUGAUCGGACUGAUGUCUACCAGAAUCACAUAACGGAGUGGUACACGUUAGGCACCCCGGACCAGCUCUACAGUUAUGGAUUCGCAUGGAAUAUUGGAAAGAGACAUUUCAAUCGAAUACCCGCUUCUUUCGCGUUCCCCUUAGACGUCGGGUGGUCAGCGCAGAACUUUUUCAACGUGACGGAAAAGAUAAGGGACAAAUCCGUCUUCGACAUUCCUGAGCCCUGCGUUGAUGUGUCUUAUUGCAUAGGACCUCCUAUUUGAUCAAGGACCAGAAAAGAACAUUGAAUAUAAGAAUAAGUAAGGAGUAAACUAAUGAAGUAUUAACAUAGUGUUGUU